GUUAAGCGUACGUCUUAGGUUGCGACCUGCUCACGAAGUGACAGAAAGUUUUAAACCUAGACUGAUUUUCAUUAGUUCUUAGUUGCUCUCUUAAUAUACAUAGCAUAAGGAGAAACCCACAAGGGACCUGGCUAGCUGAUGCUCCAUGCUGUCAAUUAUGCAUAGACCCAGCCCAAAGUGGGGCUAAACUAAACUCUGAUAUUGCUUCCUUGCAUUGCUUCCGUUUGAGGCUUCUCCUUGGGGUGAAGGCACUUGUUUUGUGGCAUCCUUAUAGCCGUAGGACCUAGCCUUCCAUGGCUUUAACAAUCGCCAAACCCCAGCUAUCAGUGAGCAACAAGCCAGGAUUUUCCGUAUGGAACUCAAAUCAGCCUCCCAUUCAGCCAAAGUUCAAUGAAGCCGGGCGCCUACCCGCCGGCCUGGCUGCGUACCGAGGCGCUGUUGACGACCUUGACGAUUUAAUCUUGAAUGAGGAUAAGCUGCACGCGGAAGCGACUGAUGUUCACCUGGAGACACCCCUUCACAUCGGUGCGACAUGGGGCCAGCUAGCGAUUGUCAGGCUCCUGGUUCGUGACCACGGCGUCAACGUUGACCCGGUCAACUGGGAGGGCUGGACGCCUUUCUUCUGCGCCAUCUCCCGUUCCCACAUCGAAGUGGCGGACUACCUGAUCAACAACGGCGCCAAUCUGUACCACACCACGGCCUCGGGCAUGACCGCGAUGCAUGUCGCGUCUUGGUUCGGCCAACGAGACUCGAUAGAGUACUUGCUGCAGAAGCGCGCGCCGCUGCACACCGAGAACAUGUACGGAGUUACGCCCAUUGGAAUGGCGCGACCUGGGCCCAUCAAGCGCAUGAUGUGA